AUCUUCCCUUGUGAGCAGUGAGUGAGUGAAUGAGUAAACUUCCAUGCAAAUGCAAACACUUGCAAAACAACACACCCAAACCUAGAUUCCCCACACUCCCAUGAGUGUCCAUGGCACAAAAACAAUGCUCCAUCGCCACCACCCACCUCUCCCCUGCACUCACCAAUGGCGGACAAGAACGGCCUCCUCCUCCUUUCCACCAUUGCUGCCGUCACUCUCUCCUCCCUCUCGCUCGCGGCGGUAGCCUCGCCGGCGACCCGUAGGAGCCAAGAAUCGCGGGAGGCGGUGCGGGCCGGGUACUACCUCGCCGCCGACGCCCACCUCCGGCCGCUCGCCGCGCUCGACGCGUCGCUGUACACGCACCUCUACUACUACGCCGUGGCGGUCCACCCCGCGCGCCGCACGCUGCUGCUGCCGCCGGACCCGGCGGCGGCGAGCCUACUGGGGGAUUUCUCCAGGGCGGUCAAGGCCAAGAACGCCGCCGUCAAGACCGUCCUCUCCAUCGGCCGCGGCGGCGGCGCGGGUGGUGCGGCUGCGGUGGCGGGGUCGGGGUCGGACCCCGCGUUCGCCGCCAUGGCCGCCGACCCGGCGUCGCGCGCGGCGUUCAUCGGGGCGGCGGUCAAGGUCGCGAGGGAGAAUGGGUUCGAUGGGCUCGACGUGGCGUGGCGGUUCCCGGCGUCGGCGGUGGAGAUGGCGGAGUUCGGGUUCCUCGUCGCCGAGUGGCGCGCCGCGGUGCCCCGCGGGUUCCUGCUCACGGCCACGGUGUACUUUUCCAACCACGUGUUCGACGCGCCGUUCGCCGGCGUGGACUACCCGUCGGAGACCGUCGCGAGGAGCCUCGACUGGGUGAACGUGAUGGCGUUCGGGCUCCGCCCGCCCGGCGCCGCCAACGCCAACGCCACGGCGUUCGACGCGCCGCUCUACGACAGGGCGUCGCACUACUCGGCGAGCUACGGCGUCGUGUCGUGGCUCGACGCGGGCGUCCCGGCGAGCAAGGUGGUGAUGGGGAUCCCGCUCUACGGCCGCUCCUGGUUCCUCCGCAACAAGGCGAACAGCGGCGUCGGCGCGCCGGUGGUCGCCGCGGGGCCGAAGCAGCGGGGCAGCAACGCCACGGGCGCCAUGUCCUACGCCGAGGUCCAGUGGCUCGCCGCGACGGCGACGCGCGGCUCCCGCGCGGUGAUCACCGCCUACGACAACGCCUCCGUCGCGUCGUACGUGUCCGUCGGCGACGUCUGGGUCGCGUUCGACGGCGUGGCCGUCGUCGCCGAGAAGCUCGCCUUCGCCGCGCGGUGCGGCCUCCUCGGCUACUUCCUCUGGCCGGUCAACUACGACGAUGCCAACCUCACCGUGUCGCGGCGAGCAUCACAAGUCUGGACACAGACCAAAAUCUCGCCGGAGUUCAAGAACGUCACCGGUGGCGCCCGGCAGACGCAGGCGCCGGUGCAGCGGCCGCCGGCGCUCCAGUCGCCUGCGCCGACCACCGCGCCGAUGUCGUCGUCGUCGACGACGUCGUCGUUCUCACGGUUAUCUUGGAGAAUGCUGGAUGUGCGUCUCCAUCUGGGUGCUCUUCUUCUUCUCCUCCUUCUCGUGUGCUACCAAAUCUAGAAGAAAUGUUAGAAAAUUCUUUAGUUUUUAUGAAGGUGUUGUGCUCAAAUUCAGAUUAGUUAUUCGUUGCAUUUGUAAUUUCGUUUCAAAUUGUAUCAUAGCAGCAGGUUCCAAUAGGAAUUCACAUUAACAAUGGAGUAAAAACAGUGUGUUUUUGUGACUGACCGUACAAGUUUUGAGUUCUUAACCUUGGUUUGACA